AUGGCGCGACGACCUCCUUCAAGACGAUCGACAUCGAUGGACGAUGACACCACGCCGCGAAGGUCAUCAAUAGAAACCUCCAAUCCCAAUGUCUUCAGUGACGAUUAUGCGGUGGAUCGUGAUGAGUCGAUAGGCACUUCAAGUCCGACGGACUCAAUUGACAGCCGACCGGAAGAGCUGAACCUGGCCCAGCGCAAUGACACAAACAACAAUACGCGUGAAUACAUCCCACCUGGGCUUCCUGGGAACACCCUCGGCCUAAACAGGCUUUCUAUCUCCAAAAGAACACUCCCGGCCGAAUCCUCCGCCCUCCCCCACCGAGCCGUAUCAACCUCGUCCCAUUCCAUCGCAGAUACCCGAAGAACCCUCAGUACAUCCUCCCGCUUCUCCAUCCCACGAGCUCAGAGUCCUUAUAGAGGGCCAACAGCCCCGAGCCAGCCCUAUGGGUUAUAUCCCCAAGUUACCAGAGCGUCUAGUGUUGUCAGUGAUUCGACAAUUCGGCCCCUGGAACAGCCCUUUGUUCCACACGGAGGUCCAGAGCACCCAUACUCCAUGUAUCCUCAGAACACAGUCCCGGAGGAUGAUAGUUCGGACACUGAUAUCGCUUUGGGAUUUCCUGGAAUGGGCCAAUCAUAUCCGCCUGACACAUCCUCUUCCAGUAAUGAAGUCGGCGACAUUGUUGGUAGCGAUGGUCAUAUCGAGCAAUUACCGCCCUACAGCCGCUAUGCCGACAACGUUAUCGCGAAGGGAGACAUGGCGAGAAUAGACCCACAGACGUCGACUAUUACUGAAGAAUCGGGUCCUUCCCUCAUACAUCCUCCAGAAGGCUCUGCGUCAGAUGUUGAAUUAACGGCUGUUGGCUCGGGCCAUCCUCAAGACGAAGUCGCCAGGAAAGAAGGCCUGAGCGAGAAGCGACGGAGAAGGACAUGCUGUGGUCUACCAAUCUGGACGGUCGUGAUCGUCGCUGCGAUCGUGGUGCUGGCAGCGGUAAUUGGUGGUGUCAUUGGUGGUGUCGUAGGAAACCAACAUGGAACGCGCCAAGCUGAAGUCGCAGCGACUACAACGGUUUGGCUCGACGCCGACCCGGCCCAAACUGGUCCGUCGACACCCUCAUGUCCGACGGGCCACUACACCAUCCCCCUCAAUCAGACAGAAGAGAUCAAUUCGUGCGUUAUUGAUGACGAGUACUCUCAUACGUGGGAGUGUCUAGAUGUGGCCCUCCUUGGGAUUAACGUCUUCGCAAACGGCCCGAACUAUUCGGUAGUGUUUGACGACUAUUCGGUGAGACCUCAAUUGUUCAGAUACGGACCACAACCUCCGGAUUUCAAUGGCACGUCCUUUGCGAUGCAACCAUACAAGGAUAAAGAAGACGACCAACUAGGUGUCGCCCUCUUCUUCAGUGUGCUUUUCGACAAGCUGAUCAUUGUUCCUGCCGAUCAACUCUCACCUGACUCUGGCCCAAUGAAACGCUCCGUAUCCUUCCCGGAGUUGGCGGGGAGAGGCAUGCCCUAUUGGGGAGCAAACUACCUCAGCAUCGGCGACAAGCCUUGGUACUGUUUUUGGAACUCUUCCGUCAGCGAGUUCUGGGUCUUUUUGGAUCAGAAUAUGAAUGACGCGUAUGAGACGUAUAGCUCCAGCUCUACAAUAACGUCUGCAUCCAGCCAGCCCACCAACGCAGGCCCUUACAGCAUGACACAUGCGCCGGCAUACGGGACAGGCCCAACAACUUCCAACCCGUCCACCACCACGCCGUACCCCAGCGAUCCGACUGAUGCUGACUACUGGGCCGGCACGAAAGUCAAACGUCAAGCCACCAUCGGAUCACCGGACUUUCCCAAACUUGUCAAGAUGGUGGAGAAGCGGAAGCCUGACGACAAUGUGCAGCCGUAUUGCCAACAAAUGCAAGUCCUCAACAACUGGCAAAUCAUGCCCAUACCCGAUGUGCCCACCAUCUGCGUCGAUGAGAGUGACUACGGCACGCCGACUUCGGGCCCCGACAAGAGGAGGGUGAUGCGCAGAGGGAACCCUAACACAGUGGAGCAGCUGGGAUCCAACUGCAUCUGCGAGUGGUUCAGUGUAUAG